UCUGGGCUGAUUACUUGCUUAAACAGCCUUCUUAGUGACCCUCCUAUUGUCGCCUUUCAUCAUAUCUGGGCGCCCCCUUGUCCUAAGCGCUUCGCUUUCUCGUCUCGUGACAAAUCCUCAACUUUUCCCCAGACUUCCACUGCUGGAGCUGAAUCCAAACUUGACAAUGGAAGCUUGAGAAUGCCUGGAAGCCCCUUAUCAGAUGGCUAUUUGGCUCGUCAGAAAAGACCCUGCUUUGCAUUUCUUGCCUGUCAUGUUGUCUCUCUUCUUUCGACUUCACCACUCAUCACGGUGGAUGUUCAUCUUCACGCUGAACUCUUGCACCUUGCCUCAGGCUGUGCUAUACGUGAGCUUGAAAAUUUUAAAGUUUUAGGUUCAUCUUGGGUGUCAUUCGUUAGUUACCGGCUGCUCUACUAUCUUAACAUCAUUGGGCUCAUUACAAAUACUGAUGUCCAACUAAAAUAA